AUGAUUACAACAAAAGCAGAUAAACUUUUAAGAAGUUUAAUUGAUGCAGGUUUAUCAUUAACUGAUUUUACUAUAUUAGCAAUAAAAAUUAUGCGUAUUCAACGAGAUUUUAAAACAGAUAAUGAAGGUCGACGUCAACGAGAUUAUUUACGUCAACAAAAUAAAUUACGUGAACAAUAUCAUAUUGAACAACAACUUAAAGAAGAAGAACAACGUAAAAUAAAAGGCCUUGUAAAAUUACGUGAAUUAGGUUAUGUAACUGGUGAUGAUACAUCUCAAAUACCAAAUAAUAAUACAAUAGAUAGUAUUGAUCAAUAUUCAAUAAAUCAUAUUGGAAAUAGAGAUACUAAUAAAACAAAAACUGAUCAAUUAUUAUCACCUUAUGCAAAAGAAAUAAACGAUAUGAAACAAAAACAACGUGAUUGUUGUAUAAUAUUUAAUAUUGAUUAUGAUCUUCGAUUACAUCAACAAGCUCUUGAGCGAGCUUGUAGAAGAGCUAAGCGAAAUAUUUAUGAGCUUCGUGCUGAACGUUUUAAUCGUCCUGAAUAUCGAUCGAUUUUAUCAGUUGAAACAACAACACCUCAUAAUAAGUUAAAACAAACUAUACGUGAAAUAAAUAGAAUAUUUCUUGAUACUAAAUCAAAUCAAGAUAAAAGACAUUUACAAGAAUUAUUAACAUAUAUUAAUCAAUUUGAAGGUGAUAUUGAUUUAUUAAUGUGUCAAAUGCAAUAUGAACCAAAAGUAAAAGAAACAAUUUUAUUUUCAUCAGUUACGAAUGAUAUACUUGAUCGAAUGAAUCUUAUUCUUUAUUGUGCACGUAGAUUAUCUGAAAAAAUUUCAAUUGAUGAUAAUAUAGAUGAAAUAAAUGAAAAUAUUGAAAAAGAAAUAAGUAAUGAUUUAUUAAAUAUUCCAAUUAAAAUAAUUUAUAUAAUAAAAAUAAAAACAAAUAAUGAUAUAAGUUCAUCAUUAUCACAUGAUACAAAUGUAAAAAUUAAAUUAUAUGGUACAUAUAAUAAAACAUCAGAUAUAAUACUUACAGAAUCAACUAAUAAAAAUAAAUGGCAAUCAGGACAAAUUGAUUUAUUUAAUAUUGAAUUAAAUUAUUUAGGUGAUAUAUAUGCUAUUGAAAUUUGGCAUGAUAAUCAAUAUUCGUCAUGGAAAGUUGAUUGGAUUGAAAUAAUUGAUGAUGCUGCAAAUAUAUAUCGUUUUCCUUUAAAUCGUUUAUUUGAUAAAUAUUCGAAUGAGAAAAAAAUUCAUUUUAUUAUUCAACGUGAUAUUGGUCCUGUUAAUCAUUUACCAUCCAAACCUUUUAAACAAAUGAAACCAUAUAAAAAAAUUGGAUUUUCAACAUAUACAAUUCAAGUUAAAACAGGAAAACAACCAAAUAAAGUUACAGAUUCAUCAAUAUUUAUACAAGUAAAAGGUGAAAAUGGAAGUUUUGCUGAUAAUUUAUGUAGUGCAAAUUCAGCUUUUAAAAAUUCUGUAUUUGAACCUGAUCAAUUAGAUACAUUUUAUUUUAUUUGGCCAUAUUUAGCAAAAAUAAACUCUUUACAAUUACUUAUUCAAUCUGAAGGUACACAACCAUUAUGGUUUUGUGAAUAUAUAAUUAUUCAAGAUGAUCAAACAGAUAAUCAAUAUAAAUUUAUAAUUAAUCAAUUAUUUGAUGGUUCAAAUCCGGAUAAUAGAAAUUUAACAAGACAUUUAACUGUUUAUCCAGAAAAUACAAAUCAAACAGAUACUAAUAAAGAAAAAGAAAAACCUGGUUAUUUAAUAAAACUUAAAACUGGUGAAAAAGGUUUAUCAAAUAUGUCAACAUUACCACCAAUAAAUAUAAUAUUAAAAGGUGAAAAAGGAAAAUCUGAACCAUAUACAUUAAAAUCAUUAGAUAAUAAAAAAAUAUUAUUUCAAGAAAAUCAAACAGAUGAAUUUAUUCUUUCAUCAAAGUAUUAUGUUGGCCCAAUUAAAUCUUUACAAUUAUCACCAAAUGGUGAAAUUGAUAAAUGGUUUAUUGAAACAAUAAUUAUACGAGAUAUUACACAAGGACAAGAUUAUAUUUUUCCAAUAUAUAAAUGGAUUAAUACAGAAGAUGGAACAGAUAACUUAACUAUUCAACCAAUAAAUGAACGAAAAGCAGAUUAUAUAGUUUAUACUCGAACAAUAGAAAGUGAAUUAAAAGGACCUGAUCGAACAAUAAAAUUACUUAUUCAAGGAAAUAAAGGCAAACAAGAAAUUGAAUUAAAUAAUCCAAUAACAAUGUAUAAUACAUUUCAACCUGGACAUAAAGAUGAAUAUUAUAUUGAAAAUAUGAAAUCAUUAGGUGAUUUACAAUCAAUUGAAGUUGAUAUAACACAUCCAAAUAUUCAUAAACUUGGUCUUGAUUAUAUUGAAAUCAAUGAUUUAAAAACUAAUGAUUCAUAUAGAUUUAACAUUAAUCGUAUACUCGACUCCAAAAAUCCGAAAAUGAUUGCAAAAGCUGAACCAAUUUCACGAUCUAUUAAAAAUACAACAUCAACAAAAAUGAGUCAUAAUCGACUUUCAUUACCUAAUAUUCCAAGUACAAUAUCAGCUAAGAAAAAUUUUGAUCAAUUAACAAUGGAUAUACCUCAAGGAGCUAAACCAUCAAUAAUUUCAAUCAAAACCGGUGAUUCAAGUUUAAUGGGUACAGAUUCUAAAGUUCAAUUACAAUUAUAUGGAGAUAAAGGCAUAUCAGAAAAGAUGAAUCUUAAUAAAUCUGAAACAAAUUCAAAGAAUUUAUUUGAAAAAGAUAAUUAUGAUACAUUUUCUUUAAAUAUACCCGAUAUUGGAAAUUUAAAAUCAGCAACUCUUUCUAUUGAUGGAAAAAUCAAAACUGAAUGGUCAAUAUCAACAUUUGAAGUUAUUGAAGAAAAUUCAAAAAAGAAUUAUAAAGCUAAUAUAAAUAAAAAAUUAAGUAAUAUAAAUAAUGAAUUAAUAAUUCAUUUAAAUGAAUAUUCAACUAAUUUUAUUCAUCAUAUGAAUAAAUCUUUAAUAAAUAAUUCAGAAAAAAAUUUUUAUAAAAUAAAUAUCAAAACACUUAGAAAAGAAUUUCUUGAUCAAAAUAUUAAACUUCAAAUUGAAUUAAUUGAUGAAUAUGAACAAUCAGAAAUCAUAAUACUUAAUCAAAUAGAUAAUAAUCAAAUUCAUACAUUUACUAUUGAUUCAAUAAAAGAUCUGCUAAAAGUUUUCAACUUAUUUUUUUUUAUAAAUAUAAGAAAAAAAAAUAUUAUUUUAUUUUUAUACUUUAGUUAA